AUGGCUCACCUCGCGACUCCAGAGCUCCUCGACCGCAUCAAAAGCCUCUACCCCACCUCUUCCUCCCCCCCAGCGACCGCCCAAGAAUACCUCCAGAACCCGUACUUCUUCGCCGCGGCGGUGGUGUUCAGCGCGUUCAACUACCCCGAGGCCAUCCCCGCCGUAUUCCAGAGCGCGCUGAACGACAUCAAGGGGCUGCGCGCCAGCGAGGACGAGCAGCGGCACCUCGUGCGCAAGAUCCGCGAUGCGCUGUUCAAGUGCGGGAUCCUCAUCGGAUACCCUAAGGCUAUCAACGGCCUUGUGGCGUUGUACGGGGCUACACCAGAGAAUCUGAGGGAUAAGGAGAUGAUUCGUGACAAGACACUGCCGACGGAACAUUGGACGGCCUCAGGUCAGAAGUACUUCAAUGAAACGUACGGUGAAACGGCAGAACAGACGCAGAAGCUCCUCGAGUCCAUCUAUCCGGACUUCGGAUUCUUCUGCAUCACCCAUGCAUACGGCUAUGCGUAUUCCUUCUCUGACCUCAUCUCUGGGCUGGAGAACUCUUACAUCAUGCUGGUGUCGAAUAUCGCAAUGGAUGUCCCGCGACAGAUUGAAUGGCAUUUAAAGGGCUCUGUGAGGAAUGGAGGCAGUCCCGAGCAGGUCAAGGCUGUCCGGGAAAUCGCGGUCGAAGUGGGUAAAGCUGCGGGAGCGGUAUGGAGGAAUGAGAUUCCCCAGCUGGGGCAGUAA